AUGUCCGACAUUUCGUACCUCUCCGAGGAAGCGGCGGAAUGGACAGAGUACGCCAAGACGUGGUCGGCGCCGGUGCCGCCGGCCGGAGCGACGCCGCAGCAGAUCCGGGCAGCCGCCAACACCAACACGGCCAAGCUGUUUGACGCAGUGGUGGGGCGGCCGGCAGACGGAGUGACAGUGACGGAGCAUACCGUGGGCGAGAACAGCAUUCCGGUGCGCUUCUACCGACCGACGGCGGCUGCUGGUGACGACGGCCUUGCCGUGUACAUAUUCUUCCACGGCGGCGGCUACUUCCUGGGCAGCCUCGACACAGAGGACGCCAACUGCCGGCACCUGGCCCUGCAGACGGGCGUGGCUGUCGUCAACGUGAACUACCGACACACGCCCGAGCACGUGUUCCCGUCGGCGUCGGACGAUGCCUGGGCGGUCUUUCAGUGGGUGGCCAGCCAGGGCGGACCGGGCGGCGACGGCCUGAAGCUCGACACCAGCCGGAUUGUGGUCGGCGGAAUCAGUGCGGGCGCGACGCUGGCCAUUUCCGUUGCUCUUAAGGCGGCGGCCGAGGCGCAGUCCCAGUCACAGCCGGUCGUGCGGCCGCGCGGGCUGGUGCUGACGACACCGGCGACGGUGCACCCGGAUCACUUCCCGGCCGACUCGGUCAAAGGAGAGCCGUCGCUGGUGGCCCACGCGGACGCGCCGUUUAUCAACGCCGCCCGUCUGCGCGGCUUCAUGGCCAUGUACCAGCCGACGCCGCCGACGCACCCGGCCGUGUCGCCUCUGUUGGUGGACGACACGACGCUGGCGGCGCUGCGCCUGAAGCGUGUGGCCGUCCACGUCGCCGGCCGCGAUCCCCUGCGCGACGAGGGGCUGCUAUUUGAGGCGAAGCUACGCGCCGCUGGUGUGCCGACGACGCUUUAUACGUAUCCUGGGCUUCCGCACGCGUUCAUGUCGCACCCCAAGCUGGCGUCGACACAGGUCUGGCGCGAGAGGAUGUGGGAGGAUGUCAAGUCGAUUGCAAAUGACAUCGACCUCUCGUGGCUCGCACCGUCACAUUGUGUGCGUCCCGCCAUCCACGAAUAUUUCUGCCCCGGUAAUGUAGUCGCUCGCGGCGCUCGCCAGAAAGACGGCCACGCCUUUAAAGUCGGCGGGCCGUCCCCAGCGCCCGGCCGGAAUCUCGGCGACGAUCUGGGCACUGCGCUCUGGGUUGUCGACCGUCUUCUGGGACAGCGGCGUGUGGAUCCAGCCGGGCGUCAGCGUGUUGACCUGGACGUGGUAUGCGGCGAGCUCGGUCGCCAGCGAGUUGGUCAGCUGGGCAACAGCCGCCUUGAUGGGGCCAUAGACGGAGAACCGCGUCAUGGCCCGAUGGGCCGCCAGCGAGGCAAUGUUGAUAAUCUUGCCGCCGCGGCCGCGCUGGGCAAAAUGGGCGCCGAAUUUCUGGGACAGGCUGUAGACGGCGUGGAAGUGGAUCUGGACGACCUGUUCGCGGUGCGCGUCGGUCUCGUCGAGGACGGGCACAAAGCCGCCAGUGAUGCCGGCGCAGUUGCAGAGGAUGUCGACGGACCGCUGGUCUGCGUGGAGGACCUUGUCGACGGUGGCCGUGAUCAUGUCUGGCUGCAGCAGGUCGACCUCGUAGACAUCGACACGACGCCCUGCCUCGGCAGCGAGUGUUGUCGCAAAAUCGGACAUCUCGCCCGGCACCUGGAAAAUGAUGAUGUCGGCGCCCGCCUCGGCCAGGCCGCGCGCCAUGCCGCCGCCAAUACCCCCAUUGCCGCCCGUAACGACGGCUGUUUUGCCCGUCAGGUUAAACAGGGAGAUGACAGGCGUCGUGUCGCCGUGGCACGGCGUGGCCACGACCGGGAAGGUGUUUGCAACAGGAAACGAAGGCAUGGUGACGGGGGUGGUGGAUCAAACGGCUCGACGACAUUCGUCGGCCGUUCACCGAGGAGCACAAGUACAGAAGCUUGGUCGGCCCACAGUCGGACUGCCAAUCUGACGGAGAACCGCUUCCGACCAGAGGAGCUAGAGAGUUGA